UUUUAUUUUAAUAUAAUUUCAUUGAUUUGCAGUGGCAAAAAUAUGAGGCAAUUAAAGGGAAAGACGAAAGAGACCAACAAACAGAAAAAAGAACGGAAAAAGGAAUUCCUGGAAAACAAGCAGAGAGUGUUCACAAUUGUAUUGCCCACUAUAGCUGCAAUAUUUGUGAUAAUAGCAGCGUACAUUUAUGUUAAAACCCCUAAAGGAACACAACAUGUAACUUGCGGCUCUGUACUGAAACUAAUGAAUGUAAAUUAUAAUGUGAGGCUACAUUCCCACGAAGUCAAAUAUGGAACUGGAAGUGGACAGCAAUCUGUAACAGGUACAAAUAUCAAAGAAGAUGGUGAUUCCUACUGGCUUAUUAAAGCAGAAUCAGGAAAACAUUGCAUACGAGGGAAACCAAUCAAAUGUGGAGAUGUUAUUAGAUUGGAACACACUACAACAAAGAAAAAUCUUCACUCACAUCUCGUUAGUUCACCCUUGAGUGGAAAGCAGGAAGUAUCGGCAUAUGGAGAUCACAGAGGAGAGGGUGAUACUGGUGACAACUGGAUGUUAAUGUGCGAUAAUGAUCUUUGGGAGAGAGAUGAUGCUAUUAAGUUGAAGCAUGUUGAUACUAAGACAUAUUUAGCUGUCAGUGGCAGAACUUACGGUGCUCCGAUAAGUGGACAGAUGGAAGUAAUAUGCGAAUAUUCUUCAAAUAAUCCUCACACACAAUGGACAACAGUGGAGGGAAUGUUCGUUCAUCCCAAUGACUUCAAUGCACAACAUCAUCGACAUACGGAAUUAUAAAGGCAACUUCUAUAGCUACUUUUUUAGCAUUAUCUACAAGCAAAUGCAUAAAUAAAUUAGAGGAAAAUGCAUUACAUUAUUCUAUUGAUAAAAUCAUUAUUCAAUUAUUUCAUAUUGAUAUUUUCUUAUGGGGCUAGUUGAAUCCAUCAUAAAAUUACACUUACAAGAAUUUCACAAAAUUAUAAUUUAUUUAAAAAAAAAGAAAA